AUGGAUUCCACAGAAAAUACUAUGAUAGAUUACGCAGAAAACACUACAAGUUUCUUUUCCGAUCUAGAAGAAGACCCUUUCAACCCUUACGAAUACGAAUUGAGCACCCAGGAAAAAAUUUACCAUUUUGUUAUAGAAUAUUUAGUCAGUACUACCCAUAUGUUGCUAUGCGUUGCUAUUUUACUAGCUAGUUCUCUAUUUUUUUACGCAUUUUACAAAUUCAAAAACCUACAAACAAGAACCAAUAAUAUUUUGUUGCACUUUUACAUUUGCAUUACUACAUCUAGUGUACUUUUUACCAUAAUUCUAAUAUUAGAAAUGAUUAUAGUGUUUUCCGAUCACCACGGCAUUCUGGUACUGAUGGUAUUGACAUUUGGUUUUGUAAACGCUUCCCUUGUUUUGGCUUUAUUAUUAGCUCAGGAUUGGAUUCUUUCCGCUAGCAAUACAAGCCAUCACAGCGGAGCGGUAGCUAUGUCAGCAGGUAGCUGUGGUUUAGUUUACUCAAUUAACGGUAUAGUAUUAAUUGUAUUUAAUGUAAUUCGGUACAAGAAAACUUUUUCCGAGGAAUCUAAGCAAAUAUUGUACGCCCUAAAUGUGGCUAGUGUUUAUUAUUUAAUGUCGCUACCGCCAUUAUGUUUUGUAUUGUUGGGUAUUGUAGUUCCGACACAGACAGGACAUUCUUAUGACUUUAUCGUUAUUAUGGCUUGUAUUACGUAUUUUUUGGAAUUUAUUGCUUUUUCCGCCCCAGUUGUUAUUGUUUAUUUGCUACCCAAGUGGGAUAAGAAUUUUAAAAUGGCUUUCGAUCACGUUUUCAAGAGUACUAUUAGGAAAUACCAGCAAGUUGAUAAUGAUCUAGAAGUUUAG